AUGUUGAAAGACAGAUUGUGUGGAAGCAAAAUUGCAAGAAUGGGAGAUAAAUUUCUUUACUUUGUUCUUGGGAACUUCUGCCUGUGGUUAGUGGCUAAUUUAGUCCAAAUUGUGCGAAAACAACCUAAACUUGGUCACUAUGAACCUGAAGUCUUAUUGACAUGGGUGAUACGAACUGAAUUCUUCGUUACAUUUCUGUCAGGGCUGGCAUAUAUGGCUUUUCCACAUUUUUUGACUACCUUGUUUUCUCCAAAACCUGAUUUAAUCCAUGUGUACAUUACUCAACUUGUGGGUGGAUCAACACUUGGUGGUAUUUGGUUAUCUUGGUACAGUACAAGUUUUUACCUAGAAAGAGAUAUAAAAGCAGUUUUACUCUCUCGUGUUUACACAACGAUUAUAAUUUUUGCUGUGAUAAUCCAAAGCCACUUCAUGCUAGGAUAUCCUAAACUGGAGAAUAUGUGGUUGUUCUUCACUUGGUUCCUUCCAUUUAUACUUGCAAUUAUCGGUCUCUUUAUGAUAAAUGCACGACGAAGAUACCCAAUAAAGAAAAAGUCAACAUAAAUACUUUGCAAAAGACUUCAUUUUGCAACUGCUAUGCAAAUAAAUGGUAAUGUGUUUGUCUGAAGCAAA